ACUCUCUAGAAUACCAAAAAUUGUUACUCUUCAGUACUAUUUUCAACAUAAACAUUAUAUUAGGGAACGCCUCUAUCAAGGUAGUUUCAGUGGCUCUCUCACAGACCGUUCGAGCCAUUUCUCCUGCGACUACGAUGUUGAUCUCAUUUUUAAUUUUAGGAACAACUUUUUCUCUAAGGAUUUGGAUUUCUGUUGUUCCUGUUAUAGUGGGAAUGAUUUUGGCUUGCUAUGGAGAUGUAGAAAACAUUACAAUCUGGAGUUUGACGAUUUUAAUUUCUGGUUGCUUCGCUUCGGGUCUUAAAAUAGUCAUGACUAAAGUUUUGCUUUCAGGGUCACAUCGUUAUCAUCCUUUUGAUUUGCUGCAAAAAGUUACUCCCCUCUGUGCCAUCCAAUUAACUCCUGUUAUUUUGUACCUGGAAUAUUCGGGCUUAAGAGUAGAUGACUCGGUAAAUUUGAGUCAAUGGAUGGUCGUCUUUGCUACCGGAAUCAUGGCUUUCUCCCUAAACAUUGCUAAUUUUUUCACCAAUCGCGUAGUGUCGCCAUUAACGCUAACGGUUGCUGGUAACUUGAAACAAGUACUGACUAUUUUACUAUCAAUAUUUAUAUUCUCAACAAAAAUAACUCCUUUAAACGGUAUUGGAAUUUUCGUGACUAUUCUGGGAGGCGCCGACUACAACCGCUUCUUCCAAAAACAGAAAGUGCUUAAUGAAAAACUUUAAUAUACUUUUAACUAUAUUGCUUA